AUGCCUAAAGAAUUUUGGGCAGAAGCUGUAUACACUGCAGUCUAUCUACUCAACAGGUGUCCUACUAAAGUUGUCCAAAAUAAAACUCCAAUAGAAGCUUGGAGUGGACGAAAACCGUCAGCCCAACAUCUACGGGUGUUUGGGAGUAUAUGUUACGUGCACAUCCCAAAGGAAAAGAGACAAAAAUUAGAGGAGAAAUCAGAGAAAGGCAUAUUCCUCGGCUAUGCGUCUCAAUCUAUAGGAUACAGAAUUUACAGCCUCAAGACUGGUAAACUUAUUAUCAGCCGAGAUGUAGAGUUCGAUGAAAAUGCUGCAUGGAACUGGAAGAAAAAAAAAGUUGAAUACCAAAAUAUCAUGGUACCUACACGAUGGAGGCAAAAUACCAUACCAGAAGAACAUGAAGCAGAAGGUUCACAAUCACCUCCAGCUCCACAAACUUCAAGUCCGAGGACAACAACACCAUCAACUGACGAACAGUCAUCCUCAGAAUCCCCACCGAGAAAAGUACGAACGCUCAGGGAGAUCUACGAGACAUGCAAUUUUGUCACGAUGGAACCUGAAAGCUUUGAAAUAGCAGUAAAAGAAAAAGAAUGGGUAAAAGCCAUGGAGGAAGAAAUCAGAAUGAUCGAGAAGAAUAAAACUUGGGAUUAUGAAUUCAAAAGAAGCGAAAUUGAGCCAACACUCUACAUCCAAACCCAAGGUAACGACAACAAACUCAUUGUUUCUCUUUAUGUAGAUGAUCUUAUUUAUACAGGGAACAAUGAGGAGAUGAUUAAGGAGUUGAAAGAAGAUAUGAUGAAGACCUUUGAGAUGACAGACCUUGGGAAAAUGAGCUAUUUUCUCGGCAUUGAGGUAACCCAAGAAGAAAACGGGAUAUUUAUCUUACAGAGGAAAUACACAGAUAAUUUAUUAAAAAGGUUCAAGAUGGACGGCUGCAAACCAGUGGCUACUCCCAUGGUUGCAAACGAGAAAUUUACCAAAGAAGAUGGUACACCAAAUGCAGACGCAUCAACAUAUCGAAGCCUGAUUGGAAGUCUACUAUAUCUAACGGCCACAAGACCAGAUAUCAUGUACGCAACAAGUCUACUGUCAAGGUUCAUGCAAAGUCCGAGUCAAGUUCACUAUGGAGCUGCGAAGAGAAUACUGCGAUAUUUGCAGGGUACUAAAGACUACGGAAUUCAAUACGAAUAUAACGAAGACUCAAGACUGAUUGGGUACACAGAUAGUGACUGGGCUGGAUCAGUUGACGACAUGAAAAGCACCUCAGGCUACACAUUUUCACUUGGCUCAGGCAUAUUCUCGUGGUCAUCUAAAAAGCAAGACUGUGUGGCGCAAUCCUCAGCAGAGGCAGAGUACGUUGCAACAGCACUAACAACAAGUCAAGCUAUUUGGCUAAGGCGUAUUCUUGGAUACAUGGGAGAGUACCAAGAAAGUCCAACGGAGAUAUUCUGCGACAACAAAUCAGCGAUAACAAUGGCGAAAAAUCCGGCUGUUCGGAGGUUCUGUGUGUAUUGGGCUGCUCGGCUUUUGAUGUUAAUAGUAUUUCGGGCUUUUUCCUUCUCUGUUUGUGAGAAUAGUGUGGAGGGCUGA